CAAGUGAAGGACACGUAUCCUCAUCCUUGCUGACUGCCUGCUGUAAGGACAUGGACACAGCCUCUUCCACCGGCCGGCAUAUAAAAACCAAGCUCAUGCCGUAAACAGAUAGCAACAUAAAACAUGGCGGGUGAAGAAAAAAAAUCCCAGUCAAGAACAAGCGAUCCCUCUGUUGAAGUACAGGAACGUGGGGAAAUUUUCUUCUUUUACCGGCCAAAAGUCGGCGAGGAAGAAGCCCACGACAGGGACGACGUGCAACGACUCUACAUAGUUCUCCGACCAGAGUCCGGCCAGAGGGAGGUCGAAGUCAAGCAAGAACAGAGCUCCGGGAAGGAAGGAGCCGAGCUCGGAGCUCACACCGGCGAAGACGAACCAACCCGUGACGUCACGUCGGAGAGGAAGGACGAAUCGCACGUCGACGGCGGACAUGGGUGCCAAGAAAUCAACAUCGAGAAGCAGCUCCUGCUCCGGUUGAUCGUCAUGGGGAGGAAGAGUCUGCCCGACCCGUCGGGUGAGAAAUCCGGUCACAGCCCGAAUUGGGGGUUCGUGGAGAUGGUGACGACAAAAACAGAGGACGUGAAAGCAGCUUUGAAGGGGGAGGAGUACGAGACUUCGACCAGAGGUCACCGGACGGUGGGCCCAGCGAGGGCGGCCGGCGAGGGAGUUUAUCUCAUCCUGAGGCAUAAUCCGGGGAAGAAAAUGCACACCCAUUUAGUAUACAAGCUGGAAUUCCCGGCGGAGGACGGGAGAAACGAGCCGCAAGAGGAGCUUAACAUAAAGAGAGAAGCUUCGUUUAUAAUACAGAUCAAGAACCCGGAAGAACAGAGUGGGCGUGGGGGCUGGAGAGGGCUGCAGAGGAAGAGGAGGGCUGUGUUUCCGGCACAUCUGCAGGCGGAGAUGGGGCAGAGGAAGUUCAGUCCGGCAGACCCGCCGGAUUUCUUGAACUAUGAGGGGUGUGAGUUUCUGCUAAUACCGGCUUCCGAUAACAUUGAUGAGGAGCUGGGACGGGAGGUGAAGAUGGAAGUGGAGGAUAUGGAGGGCCAUCACGAGCCCUGUUCCUCAGGUUUGGUCAGCGCUUUUGGCGGGGAGGCUGCCGCCAUCACCCCUCUUCUCAAAGGCACCUGGGCUUAAGAUUUUCAAUUAGGGAAAUGUCACCACCAUAGCCUACCUAGAGCUUUUCUCCAGCUGCUUGCAGUAAUUUUAUCCUGCAUAGCUACAUAAGCUUCUUGUACAUCCCAACUCAUCAGCAACUCUUUGUGUGUGAAGAGAAAUUUUUCAAAAAAAAAAAGUGAAUGUGUUUUAUUUUAAAUUGGAAAUUGGAAACGAUGCUAUGUUUUUAAGACAUGUUUGCUUUAAUGCUUAGACCAGGCCGGACCUCUUCACGAGGAAGCAGCUCGAUGACGGCCGCACCCUAUAGACUACCUGAUCCAGAGACAGUCCGACCUUCUCCUCGUAAUCUUCCUCCACGGUGGUGCGAAGAAACACAAGAUUAAGCUCAUAGAAUUGCAGUUCUACCAGGUUGAUGAUUCUAAAAAGGUCCUACGACUUGGCUAGGAAUGCCCUAACACCGACUGUGGUGAUUAAGCAUCUCUUUGACAAAACCUUUACUUUGUUCAUUAAUGUAACACCUCGUUUUUUAAAUUUGACUUUCUCUUAUGAUUUUGAAUUGAGGUGCGGUGGAUUACCUUCCAUCUAAGUUUCAAUUGUGGUUUAGGCU